GGAUCACUAGGAGCAAAGUAAAGCACUUGCUUUGGACCAAAGCAGCAGAGCCAGUCCAGUGACGGCGGAGGAAAGAUCUGUAGGGUUUCUACACUGAAGGAGAUGACGGCCAACAGAAGAACUUUGAGGGUGCUCUUUGUGCUGUGCCAAGUCCAGUGUUUGGCUUUUCUGGCUGCAGCAGGGAUUCAGCCAUCAAUCAACUGCUCCAAUAAUGAAAUCCCAAGAAGCAAAAAUCUACUAGAGAUCAACACCGGCGUGGGCCUCGAGCAGCUCCGCACCGUUGAGUUUGCACACGUGUCCGGCAGACUGAGACGGAUGAAGAGGGAGUGGGUUAUUCCAGCGAUUAACUUUCCAGAGAAUGACAGGGGUCCGUACCCCAAAUUCAUGGUGAAGAUCAAGUCAAGCAAUGACAAAAGUGUGGCGAUAACCUACAGCAUCACUGGACCAGGAGCUGAUCAGCCACCCGAGGGUGUUUUUACUGUUAAUCGGCGAUCUGGAGUUUUGUAUGUGACCCAGUCGCUGGACCGGGAGAAUACAGCCAAAUACAGUCUGUGGGCCCAUGCACUGAACGAGGACGUUAAAGCUGAGAAGCCCAUGGAGCUCAUCAUCAAUGUCAUCGACCAGAAUGACAACGCUCCAACAUUCACUCAGGACCCUUUCUACGGCAGAGUGAGCGAAAACGCCGACGCUGGUGACUCCGUCAUGAAGGUAACAGCUGUGGAUAAAGACGACCCAAAGACAAACAACGCUAUAAUAAGGUAUAAGAUAAAAGCUCAGAUGCCCAAAGAGGACAUGUUUGCUAUAAACCCAGUGAGUGGAACCAUCAGCGUGAGGGCAGGCGGACUGGACAGAGAGACUCUCCCGGAGUACAAGCUGACUAUUGAAGCUGCUGACAUGGAGGGAGCGGGGCUAACAACCACCUGCACUGUUAUUAUUAGUGUUACCGACAGCAACGACAACGCUCCACGAUUCACCGUCACAUCUAUAUCCACGUCAGUCCCUGAGAAUGAGGUCGGAGUGGAGGUAACGAGACUAAAGGUCGCUGACGAGGAUGAGUUGGGAUCUCCAAACGCCAACACCAAAUACUCAAUAAUCAAAGGCAACGAGGGGGGAGACUUCAGCAUCACCACAGGCCCCAGUAAAAUGGAGGGAAUCCUCAAAACAGCCAAGGAGCUGGAUUUUGAGAGCGUCCCUGUCUUUACUCUGCUGGUGGUGGUGACGAAUGAGGUGCCGUUUUCUGGGCGGUUGUCGACCUCGACGGCCACGGUCACGGUAACGGUCGCAGACAAGAACGAGCCUCCUGUUUUCAGUCCGGCAGAGAUUCACGUGAGCAUCUCAGAAGACGCGAAAACAGAGAGUUCUGUGGUCGACCUCAGAGCGAAGGACCCAGAUAUAGCCAGGAAACAGAGCGUAAGAUAUAAACUACAUAAUGACACCGCCAGGUGGCUGAGUGUUGAUAAAGACUCAGGGUCAGUCAAAGUUAGAAGCAACAUGGACAGAGAAUCACACUACGUCGAAGACAGCAAGUACACAGUCCUAGUUUUGGCUUACGACAACGACAGCUCCCCGGCUACGGGGACAGGUACUCUGGUUGUGAGUUUACUGGAUGUGAACGACCAUCGUCCUGUGAUCAAGCAGAGGAAAGCCAGUCUGUGCAACAGUGACCCUUUUCCUGCUCUGCUGGACAUAGUGGACCUAGACGGACCUGGUCAUGCUGGACCGUUUACUGUGGAGCUUCAAGGAGAGCACAGGAUCGACUGGACUAUUAGUACCAAUUCUACAAGCAACGCGGCAGCCCUGGCUCCCAAACGGGAGUUGUCACCGGGGGACUAUAAGGUGCUGAUGCGUAUCUAUGACGUUGGCAUGAUGUACCAAGACAGCACACUGGACGUAGAGGUGUGCCAGUGUCAGGGGGCGGUCUCCACCUGCUUUCUCCCACGCUCUGCCCCUCGCCUGCGUGGUUCUUCUCUCGCAACCUCAGUUCUGGGAGUAUUUUUUGGUCUUCUGUUGCUGCUCUUGCUGCUGCUGCUGUUUCUGAGGAGGAGAAGGAGGAGGAGGUCAGAGAAGGAUGUCCCUCUUCUUGAAGACGAACCCAGAGACACCAUCUUCUGCUACGAUGAGGAGGGAGGAGGUGAAGAGGACCAGGAGUAUGACCUGAGUCAGCUCCACAGAGGGCUUGAUAAUCGUCCUGAAGUCUUCUGCACUGACGUGUUUCCUACCAUCCAGAGCCGCCCGUGCUACCGCCUACAACUCCACGCCAACGAAGAGGUCGUCAAAUUCAUUGAGGAUAACCUGGACGCUGCAGACAGUGACCCCACGGCUCCUCCUUACGACUCUCUUUUGGUGUUCGACUACGAGGGCGUCGGCUCCGACGCGGGGUCGCUCAGUUCGGUCAACUCCUCAGACUCGGAUGAGGACUUUCAGAGCCUGGCCCUCUGGGGACCACGUUUCAGCAGGUUGGCUGACCUGUACUCCGGCGGGAUAGACGAGGACGACGACACAGAAACACUGCCAGGAAGAACAGAAUGGGUCUGACGUAGCCCCCUACGUAUUUAUAGAUCUGCUAAAUGUGUGUCCAUCUGCCCUAAAGAUCCUCAGAGUGCAGUGUGACCUCUUUCCGCUGCCUGCUGUGGCGUUUUGGCUGAGACGGGUGAUCUGUUCAUGUGUCAUUCUUAGCUCUCCUAGGCUUGUUCAUUGCAUUGACGUGUUGCUGGAAUCUGCAGGUAAACUCUACAAACUAAUGUGUCCUGAGCUUACCAUGUCAUGUUAUUCAGGUAUAUGGUUUUGCUUGUUUCAUGCUAAAAACUUCAUUGCACAAAUAAAAGUAAACAUAAUUUAUUCUGUAAUGUGCAACAGCUUCAAUCACACGUGCAUUAGGAAUCUUAAUUUAUGGAUUUUUUAAAGCUGAUUCAAGUAAAAGUUGACAAUAAUUGAAAAUCUUUGAGCAGCAUUGGGUCGGCAGGUCACUGAAUUUAACAGGCCUGUAGUUAUAGUGUCAACAUCAAACUCUGGGGAUCAAUAAAGGUUUAUCUUAUCUUAGCAUCUGUGAAGAGAUUCUCUCAAAAAUAAAUUUAAAUGUGAUACCAGCUCUGUUGUCAAACUCCUGGGUUGGUAAAAAAAAAAACCUGCUGCACUUAUAUUUGACUAAUAUCUCUCCUAGCCUUGAACUUGCAUGACCGCCGCUUUGAAUGAAUUUGUUUCUAAUCAUAUAAAAUGCUGAAUGCCACAAACAUUUUUGUCACAGAUAAAUCAGAAAUGUAGAUCUUUUUUAAUCCUGUUUUUAUUCUAAAAAUUAGUUUUUAUAUGACGUAUUUACUCUUUACCCUCAUCUUAUGCUGUGUUCUUAAUAUAGUUCAUCUUGUUUUAACACGUUUUGUGUUAAAGUUGAAACUGUGCUUAACAAAUAAAGUUUGAUUUUAUUUUUAAACGUUGUUGUUCAU